AUGCAGGUAUCUGAGGGAGCUCCAGCACAUGGUGCGGUAGCGCAUCUGCUACCGCAAACGUACAAGAGGCUCGUGUCGGAAUGGCUCGAGGAGGACACGCCGAGUUUCGAUUAUGGCGGGUUCGUGGUCGGAGAGGAGGUGUCGGAGGCGAAGCUGCUGGGUAAGAGCGAGGGCAUAGUAGCCGGCGUGCCAUUUUUCGACGAAGUGUUCCGUCAACUAGGUUGCACUGUAGAAUGGCAUGUCAAAGAAGGCACAUCCUUCCAGCCCAUUACUCACUGCGCUACGGUCCGCGGCCCCGUUCGCCACCUUCUCCUUGGCGAGCGCGUAGCUCUCAACACGCUUGCCCGCUGCUCCGGUAUCGCUACCAAGAGUCAUCGCCUUCUGACCCUUUUGCGUGGCGCGGGAUAUCCCAAUAUUCUUGCUGGAACCCGCAAAACUACGCCGGGAUUCCGCCUCGUGGAAAAGUAUGGCAUGCUGGUUGGUGGCGUGGACGCGCAUCGUGUUGAUCUUAGCGCCAUGACGAUGCUAAAGGACAACCACAUUGUCGCUGCUGGAAGCAUUACCAAUGCUGUGAAAGCUGCCAAGGCUGCUGGCGGUUUCGCAAUCAAAGUCGAAGUCGAAUGUCAGUCCUUUGAAGAAGCAGAUGAGGCGAUUGCCGCGGGCGCUGAUAUUGUCAUGUUGGACAACUUUACUCCUGAGGGGGUCCAGGUAGCUGCUAAGGACUUGAAAGAUAAGUGGGGACGUGGCGUUGGCGAUAGGAAGCAGUUCCUUGUCGAGGUUAGUGGGGGCCUGACGGAGCAUAAUGUCGAGAAGUAUGUGUGUGGAGAUAUUGAUAUUGUGAGCACGAGCAGUAUACACCAGGGAGUGCCGCAUGUGGACUUUUCACUCAAGAUUGUGCCAAAGAGCAAGAAGACCCUAACCAUCCUCUCCCUCCCUCUCUUAACAACCGCACACCCCAUGCCUACCCCCAACACCACCAAUCCCACCACCUACACCCUCAUCGACGACCUCAGUUCCAAGAACUUCUUCCCCUCCUUCUCCCUCUUCUCUUCUCCCGACCCCACCAACGGCUUCGUCCAAUACCAAAACCUCUCCUCCGCCGCCUCCGCCUCCCUCCUCGGCUACCUCUCCCCCACCAACUCCAUCUACCUGGGCGUAGACCACACCACCAAAUCGACCUCUGGCCGCGCCUCCCUGCGCCUCGAGAGCAACAAAAGCUGGAAUCGCGGGUUACUCGUCGCCGAUAUCCGACACAUGCCUGCGUCGCAAUGCGGAGUCUGGCCCGCGUUUUGGAUGCUAUCUGACUCGAAGGCCUGGCCGGAAGGCGGGGAGAUUGAUAUUCUGGAGGGAGUGAACGAGGCGCGGGGGAAUGCGGUGACGUUGCAUACGUCGGCGGGGUGCGUGGUUGAUAAUAGCACUGGCGCUGGUGAGUUCACGGGGACAAUGGUGACGGGGGAUUGCGAUGUUGAUGCCUCCGGCCAGGGUAAAAAUGCGGGAUGCUCGAUUCGUGCGCCAGAGAGCGGGAAGGCAAAGUCUCCGUCGUAUGGGACGAGUUUUAAUGAGGCGAAGGGUGGGGUGUAUGCUAUGGAGUGGAUGGAAUCGAGUAUCUCGGUUUGGUUCUUUCCUCGCGAUUCGCAGGGAUAUACAGAGUUUUUCUCGCAGGAGAAUGCCACGGCUGUUGCGGCGCCGGAUCCGUCUAUUUGGGGUCCGCCGAUGGCGCGGUUUAGUGGCUCAGGAUGCGAUUUCAGUGAGCGCUUUGUGGAUAUGAAGAUUGUGUUUAACACUGCGUUUUGCGGUGAGUGGGCGGGGAAAGUGUGGGAUGAGGAGUGUGCAGAGAGGACGGGAGUAGAGACUUGUGAAGAGUAUGUCAGGGAGAAUUCAGACGCCUUUCGCGAGGCGUACUGGGAGGUUGAGGGAUUAUGUUGGUUUCAGAAAUCGUAG